GUGAGAUGUGAGUCACGCGUGUUGCACGUCACCACUGAGUAGUUCUCACUUCUCUAACGGUUUCAGGAAGUGGGCCGUGUCACCGAAAUCAGGAAACCAAGAGUUUCUAUUAAUAGUGUGACGAGCUGCAGUGGAGCCUCACACACAGGCGGACAUGUUGGGGCUGAGGGUGCUUCUCCUGGGCUGAUCUCCUGAGGCCAUGGAGGACCCCCCCUCAGGUAAGCCCCCCUCAGCGACCUCCGACCCCCCCGAGCUGCUGAUCCUGCACGCGGCCGAGGCCGAGGAGUGGGCCUCGUACCUGCAGCGGAUCUUGAAAUCCUCCAGAAAGUUCCGCAAGAGGUCCAUCUGGCUGCAGGCGCUGGACCCGGCCACCGGGCCACGGGGGGGCGCCGUGGAGCGCUUCCGGAGCGGCGGCGUGGUCGUGCUGCUCCUCACCGGAGCGCUGCUCGACCUGCUGCGUGACCCCGGGCCUCUGGGGGCGCUGCUGCGCCCGCCGCGCCGCGUGGUGGCGCUGCUGUGCGGCGUGACGGAGGACGCCGUGCCGACGGAGCGCCUGGAGGGAUGGCCGGCCUGGAGGAAGCUGCACGCCCACGACGAGCCCGCCCUCUACGUGGACGCCAUCUUGGAGUCCGUCACCGAGGGCAGACGACUGGAGGCCCAACAGACGGAGGCCUCGUCCACUGAAGAUCCCUCCACGGGUGGAGCAGGUGAAGCGGGUGAAGCAGACGGAGCGGGUGGAGCAGGUGAAGCGGGUGAAGCAGACGGAGCGGGUGGAGCAGGUGAAGCGGGUGAAGCAGACGGAGCGGGUGGAGCAGGCGGAGCGGGUGGAGCAGGUGGAGCGGGUGCAGCAGGUGAAGCGGGUGGAGCAGGUGGAGCGGCCUCAGACAAGCUCCUCGACGCCGUCCGGGGGGAGGAGCCGGCGAGCGCUCCGGACCCAACCAGGAGAACCUCCACGCAGCUCACCUGCCUCACCGUGCAGCCGAGCCGGGUUCUGUGCACGGGACGGGAGACGCUCUUCAUCGUGUUCACGCGUGAGGUCGACUGGGGGUCGGUCCCGGAGGUCGAGUUCACGCCCCAACAGGAAGCUCCACUCAGGGUCCGGGGCGCCGUGGAGAACCAGUACACCGUCAGUGUGACUGCCCCUGACAUGCCAGCUGGAGUCGUGUCUCUCACCAUGUACACCGACCAGCGCUGCGUCCGCUUGACCCCCGUGACCUUCUACACCAGCAUGGGGGAGGUCAGCCGCCUUCUGGGGGAGGCCGCACAUCCUGUGGACUUCCUCUGCCAGGCCUUCAACCUGACGCGCGGGGCGACCGAGUCUUUGGACCGGAUGCUCACCGACUCGUUGAAGGCCUCGAUGCCGGCGGCCGGCCUGCAGCUGUUUGGGGUCGGACAGAUUGAAGAGGACAACAUGGGGGCUUACCAGCGCGGCGAGGAGCUUCCCACGCUGCUCCACUUCUCUGCCAAGUACGGCCUGAAGCAGCUGACCGCGGUCCUGCUGCGGUGCCCCGGGGCGCUGCAGGCCUACAGCGUGAUGAACCGGGCCGGGGACUACCCCAACACGCUGGCCCAGAAGAGCGGCUUCUCCCAGCUCCGGCAGUUCAUGGACGAAUUUGUGGAGACGGCGGACAUGCUGAAGUCCCACAUGGAGGACUCGGCGUCCCCCGAGGUGUACGAGUCGAUGUCGGCGAGCUCCCAGGAGAUGCUGAUGAAGUACUCGGGCGGCUCGGAGGACGUCUACGAGUCCAUGCUGGAGAUCGACCCCGAGUGUGCAGAGGACCUCUACGAGGAGAUGGCGGCCGUGGGCCAGAACCCCGAGGAGACCAUGCUGAGGAAGUUCUUCCAAGCAAAACCACGUGCCGGGGUAGACCAGGACCACAACGACCCCCUGAGAGGAGAGGAAGAGGAACAGGGUGAUGACCUGGAUGAAGAUGAUGAAGAAGAGGAGGAGGAUCCAUACAAACUGUGUACAGAGGACAUCUACGACACUGUGGAUGCCAACGGCAGCAGCUGCAUCCCGGAGAUCCUGAACCGCCCGCCGGCCCCCAUGCCCAGACCCGAGUUCACGUCGGACCUGGAGAAGCCCCAGACCUACAUCUCCAGAGUGUUUUCAGAUCAAGCUGAGUCUCAGAGCAGAGCCAUGGAAACGAGUCCUGCAGCCCCGCCCUCUCCGGUGUACGACCCCUACGCCGGCAUGAAGACCCCCGGCCAGCGGCAGCUGGUGUCCCUGCAGGAGCGCGUGAAGGCGGGCGCCCUCUCCGUGGACGAGGCCGUGCAGCAGUUCAAGGCGUGGCAGCUGGACCACGAGCGGCGGUCCGGCUCCAUCUGCUACCAGCAGGAGAAUCUGAAGCGCCUCCGAGACAGCAUCACCCGGCGCCACCGAGAGAGAGGGCGGGCGGGGGCGGAGCUCGGCUAUGACAUCAGUGCUCCGCUGCACAGGAACCUCUACUGGGGCCCCGGCGCGGCGCCGGAGACCUCCGUGUACGAGGCGGCGCCCAGAGCCGUGGCUCCGCCCCCUCUGCCUCCGGCGCCGCCGCACAGCAUCCAGAGAGGCAGCUGGCAGACGGGCAGCACGUCCAGCACCUCCAGUUCUGAGAGCAGCCGGCUGAGCGGCGCCACGGAGCCCGACCUCGAGGACCUGGUGGAGAACGUUCCUCCGCCUCGCCCUCCACGGCCGCCCGACGCUGCAGCCUUCACCUCUCCACCCAGGAUUCCUCCACGCAUCCCGGAGAGGUUGCCGGAGAAGACGCUGCACGAGCGCUACACGUCCGGCCCGAUGCGAGCUCUUCCUCAGAGACCGGCCCCGAGGCCCCCGGGCGCGGCCCCCCCGGUCCCCCGCCGCCUGCGCUGACCCACGGUGGUCCGCUUGACAUGGUUGUUUGAAGAGGGAGGAGUCAGACUGUAAACAACCAUCAGACAAUGUGAAUUUACAUUUAUGGAUUUAGCUUUGAGUCAUGUUUAUGUAUCCGUGUAAUUUAAUUCCCUUAAUGUCUGAUGGAGUGUUUGCUGUAAUGUUCUUAUUGGCCUUAAGUUUAAUGUGUGAGGGAAAGUGGAAAUAAUUGGUAUGUUAAUUGAAAUCUUGAUUAUGAUAUUUACAUAUAGUUGGUAGUGUGUGUGUUAUACUGUUUUAUAAUCAUGCUGGUCCUUGUUUUGACAUUAUUUUGUACUUAUUGUGUCUCUAAUGAUGUCUCUGGCAUCUGAAAGAACGUACAGUGUGGUUGUGAUAUGUGUGUAUCUUUCCAACAUGGAUGAUAAAAUCACCUUUAGGAAGUACGUUUUUUACAUCACUUCUGAAUUUCAUCAAAAAAUAUUUUUUAAAACAUGUUUAUUUUCUC